GUUCAUCUGCUGAAAAAUCCCACUUGAAAAUAGAGAUUCUGCAUCAAUAUGCAAGGUUUUCCUGUGGUUACUCCUCAGCAUUCCACUUAAUUUUCACUGAAUUACCACCUAAACUCGCCGUGCAAUGCAUAGGGAAUAGAUUUGUGCAAUUACAUCAAGUGUUGCCAUGCCAACCUACUUGACCCCCAACCGGCAUGGAUACAGCGUGCGCUUCUCCAGGUUCAACGCCGACCGCCUCGCCGUGGCCACGAGUCAGUUCUUCGGGCUGGCCGGCGGUGGGACGCUGUUCAUCCUGGAGCUGACGCCAGACGGAGGCAUCCAGGAAGUGCAGUCCUUUCAGUGGAGCGACGGACUCUUCGACGUGGUUUGGUCAGAAAGUCCGAGCGCGGUGAUCACAGCAUCCGGCGAUGGCGGGCUGCAGCUGUGGAAUGCCGACGUGGAAGGUCGCUCAACGGUGCCCCAGAGUUGCUACUCUGAACACCGGAAAGAGGUGUACAGCGUGGACUGGAGCCGGACGCGCCAGGAGCAGUUGAUGCUGAGCGCCAGCUGGGACUGCACAAUCAAGCUGUGGGAUCCGCAACGGAGUGCCUCGCUGAGCACAUUCCUGGGCCACUCGGAACUCGCGUACAGUGCCAUGUUCUCCAGCCACAUUCCCAACACCUUCGCCAGCGUGGGCGGCGAUGGGUAUCUGAAGGUGUGGAACACCCUGGGCCACCAGCGUCCCACGGCCGUGGUGAAGGCGCACGACGCCGAAGUGCUGUCGUGCGACUGGGCGAGAUACGAGCAGAAUCUGCUGGCCACGGGCGGCUCAGACGGAUUAAUCAGAGGCUUUGACCUGAGAAACUUCUCACUGCCGCUGUUCGAGCUGCAAGGGUGUGAAUACGCUGUGCGGAGGAUCAGAUUCUCACCCUUCCAGCCGAACAUCCUCGCGGCGGUGUCUUACGACUUCACGACGCGCAUCUGGGACUUUCAGCGCACUCCUGAGGCCAUCGAGACAAUCCGGCACCACUCGGAAUUCAACUAUGGACUGGACUGGAACGCCUUGCGGUGCAACCAAUUGGCGGACUGCGGCUGGGACUCGCUAGUGCACGUCUUCACGCCGCGAUGCCUGAGUGGGGCGGCUUGAGUAAGUGUUAAUUUGUAUUGUGAUGCCGGGAGGAUGACCUCCCCAAGACAUUCCUAUUGCAUGACACCGCGUGGUCAAGUGGACAAACGGUUUUUAUUUAUAGACGGUAUCCUUUCUCCUCUAGAGUAUCGUGAAGGGCAAUAAAAUAUUUUCUCGAACCAUGGUGAUUGCUUC